GUCGCUUUUUAUAUGAAGUGAAAAGACGUUUCAAAUAUUUUUAUGAUAAAUUGAGAGGUUAAAAUGAGUGAAGUUGAUUUACCAACUUUAGCUAAAACCGGUCGCUCUGCCGCUGAGUCUAAAUCACAAUUUGCUUUGGAGGAAGUGAACCUUGCUCUAAAAGAAUGUGGUUAUGGCUUUUUCCACGUGCGACUGAUGCUCGCGGUAUUUGUGGGAUUGGUGACGGGUGUUAUGAUGGCAUCCAGUUCAUCGUAUAUCUUGUCGGAGGCUGAAUGCGAUUUCGAUUUGGAUCUAGUGGAUAAGGGCGUGUUGAAUGCUAUGCCUUAUUUAGGUAUGUUAACAUCUUCAAUAAUUGCUGGCUUCCUUACGGACGCGUUUGGAAGGAAAACAUUUGUUGUACUCGGCUGCGGUGGAACAUUCGUCUUCAUGUUUUUAUCUGGACUUAGUCAAACUUACGUAAUGUUAACCAUGUCCAAUUUUAGCAUAGGAGUUUUUUUCGCCGCAGCAUAUAGUUCCAUGUUGACAUUGACAUCUGAAUUCUAUCACGAUGGAGUAAGAGAUCGGAUUAUGCUUAUUACAUCUGCUGCGAUUCCUAUAGGCCAAGUGAUUGUCGCUCUCAUGUCGUGGGGUAUACUAAUUCAAGAUUGGAAAGUUUCGUUCUUUGACGGGGCGUUUGUACUUCAUACUUGGAACUACUAUUACCUGAUUCUAUCUUUUUGGGCAUUGGUUGGUACGAUCCAAUACAUACUACUGCCAGAGAGUCCAAUGUUCUAUAUUUCCCAGCAAAAGUACGAUGAGGCGAGAGAGGUAUUAAUUAAAGUUUAUAAGGAAAAUACGAGAAAACCAGCUGAUACAUUCAAGUACAAAGACCUAUGGAAGGGCAAACACCUGCUUUUGCAGCGUCAAUCAAUAUCACCAGCGAGUCAACUGUCAAGUGCAUUUCACAAUAUCAGGCCAAUGUUCCGCAUGCCACUUCUGGGAUACCUCACUCUAUUUUGCGUGCUGAACUUUACUUCGAUGACAUUAUAUAUAGUACUGAGAAUGUGGUUCCCACAGCUAUCUGCCAUGUUUGAGCAUUAUUCAAGUGGUAGUAGUGAUAUCUGCGUCAUCAUAGAUUCUUACUCCAAAGACUUAAAACUGAAAACUCUUCCUGAAAGAGAUGAAGUUUGCAUACCAGCGCGGAGUGGUGCCGAAUCAUACAUCAAUAGUCUCAUCCUAGGCUCCGUUUGCUGUAUACCACCUAUAAUCAGCGGUGUACUAGUAAACAAAAUCGGUAAACGGAACCUAUAUAUAGUCUGUGGAUUUAUAGCCAUGGCCUUGACUAUAGCAGUGAGAUGGGCCAACUCGAAGGUUGCUAUGGUAGCGCUGUUUUCAACAGACGUCGCCAUAUCAACAUUAAUGGCCAGUUUGACACAGACGAUGGUACUACAACAUUUCCCGACCACCACAAGAUCGUUAGCUGUCGCUAUAGUGAUGACGAUGGGCCGAUCUGGCUCUGUAUCUGGAAAUAUAUUGUUUCCAAUACUAUUAGACAUGGGGUGCGCUGUUCCUUUCUUUUCAUUAGCAGCUAUAGUUGGCGCUACGACAGGAUUGGCGUUUUUGAUCUCAUCGAAGAAAGAAUAAACCCUCACCUUAAAGAAACAAAAUAAUUUUGUAUUUUAUAUUAAAGUAGUGGUAACGUGCUAAUGACAAAAUACUUAACAAGUGUGUGUAUUAUAAGACAAUGUAUUUGAGUGUGUAUUGUUAUUUAUUAUAUCUUAAUUACUAGUGAUAUUAUUUUUAUUAAAAAUAAUUUGUGAAAGUAUUAUUAUUAUUAGUAUUCGACUGGAGUCUGUUUUUCAAGUUUAGUUCCAUUAAAACUAUGAUAUGUUACUGACAAAAUUAUUCAAAAUAUGUUAAUAAUUCUAAGUUGUAUGUAUUCCUCUAUCUUACAUUUCUGAUGAUUGCAAGGCGAACAAUCCAUAUCCCUACGCUUCCUACAAAAAUUGUGGUCUGGCUAUUAGUAUUAGUUAAAUUUUUACAACCAUGCCUGUAAAAAUAGAACUGCCCGUAAAAAUAUUGUUGUAUUAUUUAUUAAGGGAGUUAUAAACCGGUUAUACUUAAGAUAUUAACUGAAUUAUUUUAUUUAUUCACACUUCGUUACAUUUAUAGCAAAACAAAUAACAUAACACAUAAAAAUGAUAUGGAAUGCAAUG